AGGGCUGGGCAGCAGAAAAAGUCGACGGGGAAGAGAAGGUUUUGCCCUUCCCACCGUGAAGGGGGCUGGCGCACUGUCUAGCGCGAGGCGGAGCCAAGGUUUUUGGGGACCGGGCUUCAGGGGGUUCUUGCUUGCUUGUUUGCUUCACAGUGAGAGAGAAGGGCUGCACGCGAGAGAGGGUGAGGGAAUAUUUCGAGAGGAAGAAUGAGAAGGCUCCGGAGAGAAGCGAAAUAAUGCAAAGAAGACUCCAGCAAAAACCCAAGCGGAGCUCACGGCUUUGCCGUUGGUGUUUCGAUACUGCCGUGAACGGGCGCACAAGUUUUUCUGCCGCCGCACACGCCAAGCAACGUCAAGCGACAAAACCGCAACCCCGCCCACAACGGUUCAGAGUUCCAACACUAACGAGUGAAAAUCGAGGCUACACUCUCAGCUGGCGAUAAUGGAACCACGGUACCUGGAACAUCGCGCGUCGGGAGAGCCCUGCAAAGCGACUGGCAUCGCCAAGCGACGAAGAGGCUGCGGCAACGCACGAGACGCAACAAAACAAACAUACAAAUGGCCCGGCGGUCAUCGACGCAAUGGAACGGAAUGGUGCGGCUGUGGCGACGAACUCUUGUGCCAAGAAACGGGCUCAUUGGAUGGCCUUCCCUCCAAGAAGCGGCUGCGGCAGUUGUAAAACAUUUCGAAGACACUCGGCACCGGCACAAACGGGAGGAACCUUCCACACGCGUCUCGCUCACGUCGCCAUCUGAUUCCACUGGCGGAAUGAGAAGCGCAGAAAAAAGUGACGUCAUGGAUUUUUGGUCGCAGCGGAAGCGCCAAAAAAACCCGAAACGGCAAAGGGCGCAAAAAUAAUUUAACCGCGCUUCAUUUUGGAGGCGAAUUGUGAUUAGUUCAAUUAGAGGGAACGUUUAAUUGGCUCCAACUCUUCAACGAAGGUAGAAAAAAAGAGGCCCUUUUAACGCUUUCGCCCAGCCCCGUCGCGAGGGCGCCCCCCUGAGAGCCCACGUUACGCAAAUGCUGCGCUGACGUCAUGCGCCCUUCCGACCAACCGGGCUUCGUCGAAGCUUCACCACAGGGUGAAACUUUCUCCGUGCCAGCCAAUGAGAGCACGGUCGGAUAUUGGCAUGUUACAUGACGGACGGACGCAAUGGCCAACGGCGGCAGCAGCAGAUGCGUAGCAUAACAAACAUGGCGGCCAACUCGACGACCGAGGACUGCACGGGCUGGGGGGCAAGUGGCGCUCGUUGGCGCCACGGCUCGCCAUUCUCCGUCCGAAGCGGUGUCUCCGGAGUAGUUAGAACGUGCCCGAUCCAGAGCCAGCGACGCGCGAGAGAUCGUCCGGGGAGACAACGAAUCGAGGGGAGUCCGUGCUUGGCUCCGUGCGAGGACGCCGUGGCAAUCUCGGAUGGCCCGAGACACCACUGUCGGCUGUGUCUAGCGCGCCUCAGUCUCGACCAACGGAGGCCAACAACCAAUCUGCUCUCAGUAGCAAAUCAGAGUUCUGCAUGGCCUAUUCCAUGUUUUCGGAAUGUUCAACCCAGGGACCUUUGCAAUGGAUGAUGGGGGCCGAUGUCUGCUUGACGUUAUAAACGACCCCCUGCUGCUGCAGUCGUUUCUUGAAGACAAGAACGAGGAGGCUUCGAACGAGUUGAGCUCGUUCGAGAGUGCCCUGCUAGGCCGGGACGAAGUGAGCAGCACCACCAGCUGCCUGCCACCCCGCUGCGAGUUGUCGGAAUCCAUGGGCUACAGUUGCUCGGGCACUGACAAACCCGUGGCCCUCGCCGUUUCCGCGACCACCAGCUCAGACGUCUCGGCCUCCUCCUCGCCGCAGCUGGGCCCCAGCGCCGUGCCUUCGCGGAGCCAGAGCCUGCCCUCAUCGUCGGCAUCGACACCGGCAACCACCAAAGCAACUGCCACCGUUGCCCCUCUGCCCGUGGCGCCGCAGCAGGCACCUGCGUCGAGACCCGGCGUCGCACAGGUGGUUUCGGCCAGCCCCAGUCCUCGCACCUCUGGUGCCCCCCGGCUCAUCCAGCCGAAACAGCCACAGAUCCUGCCCAAGCUGUCGAGCGGCAGCGCGAACAUGACGACGCCUUCGGCAGCGGCGACCACCCGGUCCCAGUCUCCCCGGGCGGCCCAGCACAAGGCCACACCGCAGCCCGCGCCUGUACCGGCGCCGCAGCCUGCGACCACGGUGCAGCGCGGAGCCGCGAUGGGGCUCAACACGGGGAGUCCGCUGCUCAUCGGGAACCCCGCGGCAGCGCAGCCGGGCAUGUUUCCGGCUGGACCUGCGCAGGGCACUUUCCUGCUGAACCAGUACAUUCCGGGCCUGGGCCACAGUCCGAUUCUGAUACAAGGCGCACUGGGGCAGAUCCAGAGCUCUCUGGGACAGAUACAGGGGGUCCAGCUGGCCCUGCGGCCACCCCAUGCCACGGGCCUGACCCUGGGACCUCAGACUGGGCCCAAGCCCCAUGGGGGACAUCCAGGACCACCUGGCACCCCGACGCUUGUCAUCCCACAGAACCUGGGGCCAAGGCCCAACAUCUUUCUGGCACCGCCACGCAUGAUGUCGCCCCCCUCAUUUGCCAUAGUCCCGGGACAGCCACUGACGCUGCAACAGCUGCAACAGCUGCAGGCCAUGCUGCCCACGCAGACCAUGCUGGCCCAGCCCACACUGGGUGCUUUCCAGACAGACCAGCACCAAUCCCUGGUGCAGAUACCAACGUUCACUCAGCCGCAGAUACUGGCACAUGACCACCAUCACCACCACCACCACCACCAUCAUGGGGCCCUGUCGGGACCUCUAAUCUCGACAGGCGGCAGUAUAGUGUCCUCUGCACCCAGCGCCAACAUUGUCACCCACCAUCCUGUCAUGACCACCACGACGGUGCUGCAUCCAGCGCCACCUCAGCACAUACCUGCGUCUGUCUCGGCGCCCAUGACAUCGGCAACGAUACAGCAGCAGCCGCAGGCGCCUACUACAACAGCGCCACCGGCCGUGGAGAAGCCCGUAAAAGCGCCCACGGUCAACUUGGCCGAGCUGCUGAAGGAGCACGGAAUUAUGCCAGAGUCUACACCCCCACCCUCCCCUACGUCCAGUCAAGAAAACACCAUAUCAGUCGAGGUUCCCGUCGCACCCGCUCCUGUCACAGAGAGUGUGCAGGUCGUGGUGAGUAAGUCUCCGCAGACUGUGGCAGUGUCUCCUCAGCAGCGCGUGCAGCUCUCGCUGGCACACGACGGCAGUGUCGUACUGCACCCUCACGGCAGCAGCCUAUCCACCAUGCCUGCACCGGCACCCUCCCCAGGACUGGUGGCCACAACGGUCACUCCCACGUCGACGAGCGCGCCCGGCGGUACUGCUCUCUCGCGGACCCACUCGGCCCUCCUGGAGCGUCUCUCUGCAGCGCCGCCCGUCAGCGUGCCGGACCUGGCCUCCCUGACUGCGCCGCGCGUCUCGGUCAGCGCACCGACCAUGGUGGCAACGCCGUCGCUCGUCGCGCCCUCGGUCGUGACGCCUUCCAUGAUGGGCGCCACCCCGCACCCUCACCAGCUCACUCUGCACACUGUCAACAACGGGCUGGUGCAGACACAGCAGCUCGGGCAGCCGCAGUCUUUUGUGACUCUGCACGGCACGGCGGUGGCCAACAUGCUGUGCCACGGUGCGAACAAUGCGCGCAUUAACCACAUUGUGGUCAGCCCGUCACCGUCUCUCGGGCAGCAGCAGCAACAGCAUCAUCAUCAUCCGCAUGCCGUGCACCACACGUGUCAUGCCGUGGUGAGCUCGGCAUCCAGUGCUGUGGUGCCGACGACGACAACCACGGCGGUAAUGGCGUUGUCGUCACAGACGGCGGUCGGUAGGACGACAGUGGUGCCGACUUCCAUGGCGCACACGGUAGUGACUGUGGCCGCGUGCCCCACCGUGACGACCGUGACUGUGACGCCAACGGUGGUUGUGUCGACGUCGAACAGUAGUGCCACGGCGCAUGGAAGUGGGAAGUGUACAGCAUCCAUGAACACUCAAAACCAACAGCUCUACGAGCAGCUGCAGUCACAGAUCACCUACCUAAACUCCCUGAAGAAGCCCACAAUGCAGCAGAAGCUCCUGCUUACGCAAAUGCUCGCCAUCGAGGAGAAGCUGCGGGACUCGUCCAAGCCACAACGGAGCGCACAAGGCCGCAACCUGGCGCUGAUUUCCGCAGUGCCCACAUCACACGCACACUGCGUGCAACGGCACGAGGUCAAGCCAACCGUCGUUUCGCACCCGAUGCCUGCCGCAGCCACCAUAAUAACAGCAAAGCCAUCUGCCGUUACCACUGUCCAAGUGCCCACAAUCGCCGUUGCCACGACAACGAGGACUACCAGCCGGACCACGCACCACAAAGCCAACCAUGCAGAUGUCAAGCCUAAAGCUUCCAUUCUGCACACUGGGAACGCAGCGUCCAUAAUCUCCACACAGAAGGUCAUCACCCCCCAUUCCGGACCCGUGCGAAUAAUAGCCACUGCGUCGACCAGCACGAGCGCUGCUUGUGCCUCCUCUACCUGUUCCUCCGCCCCUUGCUCUUCUGCGUCGGCGUUGAGUGUGUCGUUGGCAUCGGCCACUCCGAUGCUGUCGUCACCAAGCGUGCCGCUGGCGUCUGCUGCUCCCUGCUGUCAUCGCCAAGUGUGGUCACCGUGUCAUCUGCGUCGCUUGUUUCGAACGCACCAUUGGUCUCUGCUGCACCGCUGGCAUCUAGUGGGUCGCUGUUGUCACCACCAACAUUGGCGUCGUCAAGCACAACAUCCGUGUCAAGUGCCCCUCUACAUACCGCCAGCAUCAAAUGCACCGUCUCUAGUGGCAAAUAUGCCAGUGGUGUCUUGCACACCAUCGGCACAUGUUGCACCUCUGCCGUCAAACGUGCCAGCGAUGCCAUGCAUUCCACCAGCACCUAGUACAUCCCUGGCAAGCAUGCCGGUGGUGUCAUGCAUUCCACCAGCAUCCACUACUUCAUCUAUGGUGUCAGAAACUUUAGUGGUAUCAUGUGCCCCAUCCUCACAUUACACCACUCCUCUGGUGUCGCACAUGCCGGUGGUGUCUUCGUGUGUUCUAUCAACGCACAUGACACCUGUGGUAUCGAAAGCGAUAGUGGUGUCAUGCUCUCCGUCAGCACCUGCUGUACCUCUGGUGUCAAGCAAACCGUUGGUGUCAUGCUUACCUCCAACAUCUACAUCGGCAAUUAUUUCAAGUGUACUGCCAAUGUCCACUGCACUAUCGGUGUCUUGUGCAACGCACACGUCUACUAGUAUGCCAUUGGUAUCAACAGCGGCACUAAUGUCAAGUCCAUCACCACUGGCAUCGUGUACACCGCUAAUGUCAUCUGCACCACUGGUGUCGACAACACUGUCAGUGUCAUCGGCACCACUGAUGUCGACGACGCCCAUGACAUCGACAGCACCUACAGUGAUAUAUCCAUCUCCAGUGUCCAGUGCACCAGUAAUGCCAAUGGCUCCACUAACUGCGCCAAGCACAACUGACGUGAUGGUGCCAUCGAUGGCCCCUCAUCCAGUGGCUUCGUCCCAUCUACGUGUUCCUAACCCGGCCUCAGCCAAGCUCGCACCGCUGCUGCACCACUCCAUGCAUCACCACCAUCACCAUCAACAUCAUAUCCACCACCACCAGCCAUCAUUGGUGGGAAGCAGCAUGCCAUCGGUGAACCAGCGAUCGCCGCCCCAGCCGAAGUGUGUGCGGCUGCAGCACCCAACCAACCACAUCAUUGCACCGCCCAGCACGACCAAGCAGAUACUGGUGCAGGUGCCCACUAUUGUGAACAAGCCGCCUACAAGCAAAAGCUCUGGAGUGGUAACAGCAGUUCUGCAAAGUCUUCUGCUCCUGUGCUAUCGAGCAAAGUGGAACCCACCAUUCUUCCCAAAACCCCCCUGCCGCCCCGAACAACCUCCUGCGCCCCCUCCUCCCCCGCCGAAGCCAGUAGUCGUCAAGCCUAAAGUUCCUGAUCGUGUCCAGAAGAUUCACGCGUUUCAUCAACGACUUAUGGAAGACCAGAACGGUGCGGUAACCCCAGACACGAAGACCCCCUUCAGAUCGCGGCGCGACACGUGCGAGCGGUUAUUGCGGUACCACGUCUACAACUCUGAGUUACCCAGGGAAGAGGAUCUGCACAAAACGGACGAGCUGUUUGCCGAGGUCUCGGAACGCCUGCUGGGGGAGAGUCGAAAGCUGUAUCAAAAGUUCCACUACCUCAUGCUGAAGGAAGGAAUGAGAGAGUGUUCAACUGCCGAGAAGAUCAUGGUCGACAAGUUCUUCAUUAAACAUGAAACCGACGCCUUGAUUGCCGAAAAGCAGGCAGCAGAGGAGGGUCAGUACUCGAACAUCGAGCCGCCAACCCUCCCACCAAUGCCAGAGAGUGCAUGGUCAUUUGAGUCGAGCCCGGCGGUGCACUUGCCCCGGCCGGUGAAGGAGGAACCGCCAAACUCUUGGCUCGACGAUGACGACCGGUCCGACCUGGAGCCAGCGCCGAAGCGGCGCUCAAUCAAGGAAGAAGAGCCCGAGACCGUGGUGGUCCCCGCAGAGAUCGAUCCACUGCCUCUUCCACGAGUUUCGGUGACGCCGGAGCACAUCGACCUCGUGCUGGGUAUGCGCAAGGAGCUCGACAUGUCUCCGCCGGAAACGGACGAGUUUGCCCGCGAGCUGGCCGACUACGAGCCACCCAUGGCUCACUUUCCAUCGUCGGCCGGCCUCAAGCAGCAGUUCGGUAAUGGCGGCAACAUCGUGCCUCCCGUGAUGGUGCCCGAUUGGACCUGUGGUGUUAAGAGUGCCAAGCCGCCCUCGCCCGAGCUGGACUUGUCGGGCAUCGACGGCUUGGAUGACGACAGCAGUGGGGUGGGCCCGUUGGGUCGGACUCACUACUUCGGUGACGACGACGAGGAGGAGGACAAGGACUCUGUCGAGCUUCACGACCAAGUCCAGAGUGCCAUCAACAGCAUCCUGGACUUUCGGCGAGCCGGUGCGGACGACAGCCUUGGUACGGACUCUAAAGGAGCGGUGGCCCGGGGCGGUCCGGAGCCGAUGGACUACGACGACGCGACUGGAGAUGCGCAGCCCACGGACUCUGUUUUGGACGAAGCCGUCAGGAGCAUACUGUUGUGACCUCGGCAGUGUUGUUGCCACUCCUCCCGCUCUGCGUUUUGCGAAACCAGUGCCGACUGUCUCCUCUUUUCGAGCCACACACCCAUGUGCAAGUGGAUGCGUGCAUGUGGUUUGCACCGAGGCACAGUAUCACGGUGAUAUUUGUUGCCCCUCUCCCCCUUCUUCAUCAUCUCUCACCCUCAGCUUACUUUUUCGUCGUGCCCACUUUACCCCUGUCCUCAGUUCCUUUGCGUUUGUUGUUGUAUAUAGCACCUUUUUUCAGUGACCUCCGUGUUACGCGGAAGCGGUGAGCUCCGUACAAGGUGACAGCUCCACAUUUUGUCCUUACGGUCCAGUUUCAUGUUCUUUCAGACUCUUGCCACCAUGUCUAUAUCUUUCGUUAAAAAAAAAAAAAAAAGGCUCUCAAAGACCGGUCACUCCGCCUUGAACAAGCACUGUGCCGAUCGUCUUGCAAACCUUGUGGUGAAUCAGAUGCACAGGCAACCGGUGCCCUGAAGCCCCAAUCUUGGCGUACUCGUGGUAAUGUGCAGAGUCAUUUGGUCGAUUUUUCUUUUUGUUAUCUCUUAAUUUUUCCUUAUUUACGUCUUGUCCUGUGCUGUUGAAGUGCUUUUUCGAAACUCCGUGGGGGCGGGGGGCAGCUCUUGUGUAUAUGUGUUGAGGUUGAUGCAGUCGCUAAUGACCCUAUUGCCAUCAUUUUUUGUACUGUUGUGCAGCCCCCUUUCUUUUUUCUCCUGCUAGGCACGAAUAUGCAAAUCUUGGUGCGUCUAGCCAGACAUGCAACUUGGAGGUCCUCUUCAUUUUUUUUUUUCUUUUGCGUUUUUGAGUUUUCAGCCUCCAAUCUCCUACUUAACCGAAAAGGGAGCUUUCACACAGUGAUGAAAACAAGCAGACCCUGGGGUGUGGCGGGGAGAAGGGAGACGAGCGAGUUUUUUUCAGUGCCUCACGUAAGAGCGAGCAGCGUGUGUGUCGUCCCCAGUUUUGUUUGCUGCCAGUGUUGUAAAGACGAGGAAGCAGGCCAGCGAAACAACAUUUCUUUCUUUCUUUCUUUUUUUGUGUCUCUCAUGUAUAGGUGUAAAUACGACAGUCGCACAUAUUUAUACACAAGCACAUCCACGUCGAAUGGAAUGAAACCUUGAGUUUUCUGCUGCUCAAAUGACAUGACGACGAAAUACAUUCGACGUAAAACGGCGACGACAGUGUUCUGUGACCGUGUGGUGGGCGCCUGCGGAUGAAGAGAAAAAUGGCGCUUGAUGCCGCGUGGGCGGUGCAGAACUGUUGGCCCUGGCAUUGGCACUAGGGCUUUCAGAAACAGUCUAGCCGACAAUCGAUCUCUCUAGACUGUCUCUUAAAAUGGGCCAACAGACAAGGGAAUGGGACGAAGGCAAGCCUAGCCGGUACACUUAUGGCGGCAUAAGAACAUACAGCUGGUUCCAAUGAUGACAUUGGAGAAUGAGACGUGCUGCAGCAUACUUGUCCAGUUUCGUUAUUUUCCUCGCUAUCUGUUAGUUCUUUGCUGCAGUGUAGCUGCAGCCAGUGCUUGUCUUGGUCCUUUCCUCUCCUUAAGUAUCCUGGCUUUCGUGUGACUGGUAUUUUGCCCCAGCAUUAGAUCGUUUGUCUUCACUGGCGCAGUCCUCAAUGUAAAUGAAUUUCCUUGAUGCUGUAAGCAGUGCUGGACGUGGAAAUGAUUGCGCAGCACAUGCGAGGGUUUUUUUUGCUUCUCUCGCAGGAAGGCAACAAACUAGCUAACACACGUUCUGACCUUAAGAGCAUAGCAGUGUCAUGUAGCAAAUGAUAGUGUGCUGCUGGCCCCCCACCUUGAGGCAGAUUGCCCUUGGCACAUGUGAAAAAGACAGAGGAAUGCUCUUAUUGCAUAAUUAACAAUUCUAAUAAUUAGGGUUCUUGUAAUUACAAAAGAUUUCCAAUAAUUGUACUCUAGAGUACGACUUUGAAACGCGACAGUUCAAUUGAAAGAGCUAAUACAUCGGGCGGGCAACUAAACCUCUGUGCCCCCGGUUACCCCCGAGGCAAAUGCAGUACUGAAACUACCGUCCCAGCAUUGGAGAAAAAAAUUUAUACAGAAGUGGUUAUAUAACUAUUAAAUCAAUUCUUGCUAUUGACAAGUCCAGUAUUUCUUUAAAAGAAAAUACUCUACCAGUGCCUAUAUGGAAUGUGUUGAUAGAGGCUAUUUCUCCAGUUCAUUUGUUUAAAUGCACAUUUCACAUAGCCUUAAGUGUAGGAUGGCUUGCCAUUUCAUGACAGCAAUUGAAAGACGUGAUGCAAGUUUUCAUUGGCAGUGAUAUAUGAAGUACAAGUUCUCUCAAAAACGGCAACGAAAUUGUUACACGUUUGAUGUCAAAUCAACUUUCCAUAUUAUAUAUAAUUUAACAAUGACUAAAAUUUCAGCCACAUAGGUGGACACAGUCCGACAAGAUCAAUGAGAGCAUCUCUGCAUUUCACAUGAGCCCAGUAAUUUGGGUGCAAAUAUGGAAGUUGGCACCAAGUGUGAAUGUUAUUUGCAAUGGCAGAAAAGUAACAGGCACCUAUGCACCUUACUUCAAGGAAGUGCAGUAGAGUUGAUGAAAUUAUGAAAUUGGCAGGCCAAGGUGGUAACAGUGGGUGCAAGAUAGCGAAUCAGAUGUAGCAGUCAGUAGAGAAAAGGGCAUUGACUUUUAAAAUUUCAAGGUUUCACUAUUGCCUUUUAGGCUUCUGCUAGGUUUUGUGUCAUGAAUUUAACAAUGGAAAGUGCUACGAGCUGUAAAGUAAGCGCACCAGUAAUGUUGAUGCAAUUAAAUUGCACCCAUCUCCAAGUUGUAACCAGGCACGAAAGUUUUCGCACAAACGUUUGUCUCAUGGCAACUGCCAGAAUGGCAUAACACUUGGAGAAUCUAGUCUAUCAACAAAACCUCGGUGAAAUUCGAAUAGUCAAACACCGGUGGGAAUGCCUUCCCAGGAAUACUCGUGCUCCUAGAAAAGCAUGGAUUUAGAAUUACACACAUCCGACAGAAUUACAUAAGCUAUUUGCUCCAACACAUAACGAAACUGGUUUUACGACAAUGCUGCAGUUGGCUACGAGCACACCCAGAAGACGCAUGUGCACUGCUGGCAUUUCGCUGUUCAAUUUUAUGAACAAUCUUACGUCUAGCCGCAUGUCGGCAAGUCAUGUCAUGUUGCAAUAAUGACCUACGUACCAAGAUCAAAUUAAAGUUUUUAAUAAGUAUUUCACAAAUUUACGUACCCGCUAGGCCUUACUUUAUCCUUUUAUUUGCGAAAUUCGUGUGCUUCAAUUGCUACUUUAAAAACAUGAUUUGAGGGGGUGUUCAAAAUCUCCACGGAAAACAUGUGAAUGAAGAAUAUGUUGCAUUGAUUUGCACAGAGCUUCCUUCGUCCAAGCCAGGAAAAUCACGACGUAGUUUGUUUUUUGAGAUGUUUUUCUCCUGGAAACCUGGCAAAUUCUCAAGUUUGAGCUGAACCUCGCCUGUAUGUAAAGGGAACAAUAUACGCGACAUUUUAAUCGACAAAAUUUUAGUGUCAUAAGUAAGCCAAAGAGCCAGGAAGGAGGCCAACAGUUUUGCACCAGUCACGCCUACCAUGCUGUGCAAGCUUGCAACUUCUCUCGACGGUCGCCAACAAUAUCGUUUUUGUGAUAGGCAAAUCCUAAACUUCCGCCCCUUGUUUGUUUUGUUUGUUUAUAGAGUCUCUGCCUCUUUUUGUUUUUGUUCUCCUAGCAUACGUAUGCAAAUGAAUGCAAGUCGAGAAGAAAAAAUAUAUGUAUACGUGCACAACAUCAAGAGAAGCUCAGGGUCCGGCAGUCGCGCGCUCGCAGGCAUACAAGCAAAAUGAACAGCAAACACUGUAUUGUACAGAGUUGAAAUUUUUUUCUAGAAAAUAAAAAAGACUGCUAUGGCAAAUUAAAAAAAAGAAGAAGAAAUUGUACAUAUUUUAUUAAAAGAUCUUUGAAAAA